AUGAGUUCAAAGUUAGUGAAGUGGUGUGCGCAUCCUUCACGUCACAAGAAUUGUACCAAAGUCGAUCGAUCAAUUAAUCAUCCAAAAGGCAAACGUUCAGUUAGAACAAGGCUAGCUAAUUCCAUAUGCAAACGUUAUCGUCGUAUAAUUGGUGAUACAAAAGUCAUAAUAAAAGGAUCAGACUAUUUAUAUAACACUUGUUAUAACUUUGAAUAUGAUUAUAUGAUUAAAAAAGAUGGUACUGCCAAAUCAAUACAAGAUGAUUUUGACGAAACCAUUGAUGCAAAUGAUUUUAUCUGCUCAACAGAUUUGAACGAAAAAAUAUUUGAAGAAAAGAAUGAUGAACUAAUGGAUAUAGAAACACUAGAUAUGAACGAUUUUUCAUAUUCUCAAUUAGAAGCAUUGAAAGUGCUGAAUGAACUUUUUCAUUUAUUAAAAAUAGAACCUGUCAAUGAUAUUCGUCACACCAACAAAUUACGUGAAAAACUAGAUAGUGUUAAUAUUGCUCUUAAUAAUCUAUGUGAAACUAUAUUGAAUUCAAAAACGACGAUGCUUCAAAACUCCAAUGGAACUGUAGCAAUGGAUAUUAAAUUAAAUGAUUAUCAAUCUUUAUUAAACGGAAUCAAACAAUUUUUUAUUCUCAGCAAAAAAGAACAACAAAUUCAAUUAUUGACAAUAGCAUCACCUGAUUGGGGAAGAAAAAAAAUAGAAUAUUAUUUUGGUUGUACAGAACAUCAAUCUAAACAGGCAAUUCUUUUGAGGAAAUCACAUGGAACACUAGCUCAACCAGUUUUUUUUAGUGGUAAUAGUCCUAUUCAGAAAGCUACUAUCGAUCAGGUGGUACAAUUUUAUGAAGAUGAUAAAAUAAAUCGACAGUUUUCUAAUAAAAAAGAUAGAAUCAAGUCACGGAAUAAACGAAGUGAUACAAAGUGUAACAUUGAACAAUUAAUUAAAUCACUUCUUUGUACAUCAUCAGCAGAACAAUGUUACUCACAAAAAUGUCGCAAUUGUUGA